UUCAUUGGGCGCACAUUCGGCCUAACGAUGAAUUUUCGGUUAUACCUAUUGCUAAUACCAUUAAUAUAUGUGGCGAUUGAGUGCAAUGUCGUGGCGGCUGAAGACCUGAUCAAAGAUGAAGCGCAGGCCAUAGCGUAUCUCAAUAGAGUGAAUACCAAUUUAGCCACAGAAAUGAACAAAAACACCGAGGCAGAGUGGAACUACGCCACUGACAUCAGAGAUAGCACCGCUAAAGCCAGGGAAGAAGCGACCAAAGCGUUCAACAAGUUUCAAAAGGAACAGUCAAUUGAAACCAAGAAAUACGACUGGACUAACUUUGAGCCCAAAAACAAGCGACAGUUUGAGAAACUGGCAAUCAUUGGCACCGCAGCCCUCACCGGCGACGACGAGCAAAAUUAUAUAAAAGCGACGAGCAAUAUGGAGACCACGUACAGCACAGCCAAAGUGUGCCUGGGCGAAUGCACCUGCAAUUGCAACCAAGAAUUGGACCCUCAUCUAAAUAAAAUAAUGGCCGAAUCAAAAGACUACGCCCUCUUAGAAGAGGUUUGGACCAAAUGGAGAGAUGUGUCGGGAAAACUCAUGCGAAAGGAUUUCAUUGAAUAUUAUACGUUAGGCAACAAAGCGGCCACUCUUAACAAAUUGCCCAAUAAAGAGUUCAAAACGCUGGACGAUCUGUGGCUCUUCCCGUGGGAAACACCCGAUAUUAAAACACAAACUGAAGAUUUGUGGAAAAAAUUGAAACCAUUCUAUGAGAAACUUCACGCAUAUGUAAGGAAACAUUUGAAGAAAGCAUAUCCCGACAAAAUGCCCGCAGACGGCACUAUACCCGCACAUCUGUUGGGCAAUAUGUGGGCACAACAGUGGAGUAAUAUCAUGAAUACGGUUCCCGGUGUUGAUCCAUAUCCAGACGUUAAAACAAUUGAUGUAACGGACGAAAUGGUAAAACAGGAAAAGACGGCGAAGCAAAUGUUUGAAUAUGCGGACAAAUUCUUCACCGAUUUAGGUCUCGACCCAAUGACACAAAAGUUUUGGACAAAUUCUUAUAUCGAGAAGAGAACCGGCUUUCACGAAGCGAUCGGUGAUUUGUUGGCGCUGUCUGUGUCGACACCAAAACAUUUGGUGAAAAUGGGACUUUUGACAUUGGAUUCGACAAUAAAUAUGGAUGAAGUGAAUAUCAAAUACCAGCUUAAGAUGGCUUUAGACAAACUCGCAUUCUUGCCGUUCGGCUUCAUUAUGGAUAAGUAUCGAUGGGAUGUCUUCUCCGGCACCACAUCGUCCGACCACCUGAACAAACACUGGUGGGAACUGAGAGGUCAAUACCAGGGACUGUCGCCACCCGUCAAACGUAGCGAAGAUGACUUUGACCCUGGUGCUAAAUACCACAUUCCCGCUAGUGUUGAAUACAUUAGAUACUUUGUCUCGCAUUUACUGCAAUUUCAGUUUCACAAAGCGUUGUGUAGUUUCGGUCAAAAGAAUGAAAAUCUCUGGGAGUGUGACAUCGAUGGCGACAGAGAGGCCGGCGCUAAAUUGAAGGCAAUGUUGACAUUGGGCUCAUCCAAGCCAUGGCCAGAACAGCUCAAAGACCUGACCGGAAGCGAUAAGAUGGACGUCCAGCCAUUGCUCGAUUAUUUCCAGCCGUUGAUCACAUUCCUUGACCAGCAAUUGGCCAAUGAACCAAAAGGGUGGGAAUUCAAUGUUGACGAUUACGUCGGCGGCGCCCACACAUGCGGGAAAAAACCCGCAAAACCCGCACAAAACGAGUUGAUAAGCGACGAGAAGGCGGGCGCCGAAUAUCUGGCAUCACUGGAGCCCAAAAUCACGGGUUGGGGUAAUAAGGCGUCGAUCAUUAAUUGGGCCCACGAUUCAGACAUCAAUGAAAAGACAUUAGCGGCUAAGACAAAAAUGGCCAAAGAAUUCAAUGCAUAUCAAAAACAACAGGCCAUCGACACAAAGAAGUACGACUGGUCUAACUUUUUACCACAUAAUAAGAGACAGUUUGAAAAGUUGGCAAUUAUUGGCACCUCUGCUCUCGACACUGAAGAUGAGAAAAAGAUGAUUAAAAUCGGCACUAAUAUGGAAAAGGCUUACAGCACUGGCAGAGUAUGUGUUAAAGAGAACUGUAUGCUAGAAUUGGAUCCAGAUCUAUAUAAAAUAAUGGCCGAUUCGAAAGACUAUGAUGAAUUAUUGGAGACGUGGGUUAACUGGAGGAACGCCACGGGCAAGAAAAUGCGCAAAGACUACAUCAGUUACGUUGGUUUUGUUAAUAAGGCGGCCAAACUCAAUGAAUUACCCAAUAGAAAGUUUGAAACAUUUGACGAUCUGUGGCUCUUCUCGUGGGAAACGCCGGACAUUAAGAACCAAACGGAGAGUCUAUUGAAUGAAUUGAUGCCUUUCUAUCGCAAACUUCACGCAUAUGUGAGGAAACAUCUGAAGAAAGCAUAUCCCGGCAAAAUACCUAAAGACGGGACAAUACCGGCCCAUCUAUUGGGCAAUAUGUGGGCACAACAGUGGAGUAAUACCAUGAAAACCGUUCCCGGAGUGGAUCCAUAUCCCAAAAUCGCUACCAUUGAUGUUACAAAAGAAUUAUUGAAACAGAACUAUACGGCUAAACGUAUGUUUGAAAUGGGAGACAAAUUCUUCACCGAUUUGGGUCUUCAGAAACUGACGGAUAAGUUCUGGGAAAUGUCUAUUUUGGAGAAGAUUCCCAAUAAAGAGAUGGUCUGUCACGCCUCUGCCUGGGAUUUUAGCUCCGAAGCUAAGGAUGAUUACCGGAUUAAAAUGUGCACAAAUAUCAACAUGGUCGAUUUUAUCACAAUACACCACGAGUUGGGACACAUCCAGUAUUACAUGCAAUACGCCGACAAACCGGCGUCCUUUCGGGAAGGCGCUAAUCCGGGCUUUCACGAGGCUAUCGGCGAUCUGUUGGCUUUGUCUGUGUCGACACCGAAACACUUGCAAAAAGUGAAACUCUUGACAAUCGAUGAAUCGGUGGAUCUAAAGAAAAUCACCAUAAAAUACCAGAUGAAAAUGGCGUUGGAUAAGCUGGCGGUGUUACCAUGGGCUUUCCUCGUCGACAAGUGGCGCUGGGAUGUGAUGUCGGGUGAGGCCAACAUCAAUCACAUCAACAAACGGUGGUGGGAAUUGAGGGGCAAAUAUCAGGGCGUAUCGCCGCCCGUCAAGCGCAGCGAAAGCGACCUCGAUCCCGGCGCUAAAUAUCAUAUACCCUUUUGCGUUGAGUAUAUCAGAUAUUUUGUGUCACAUGUACUGCAGUUUCAGUUUCACAAAGCGUUGUGCAGUUUCAGCCAAAAGGAUGUCCCGCUCUAUGAGUGCGAUAUCGAUGGCGACAAAGAGGCCGGCGAUAAGUUGAAGUCUGAUUUUACCAAUAGAAAUAUGUUAACAUAUGGUUCAAGCCUCAAUACCGGUGAUGUCGAGUUUGUCUACUGGCCGUGGCUCUUCUACCUGCAAGUCGGCGACGAGCUCAUGAAGGUUGUUGAGGAUUAUUUCGACAAUUCUCUCACAUUUUUCAAUACUUUGGAUACUAAUAAGAAGCGAAAAUCGGCACACGUU